UUGAUUGAUUGAUUGUCAAUCCCAGAGCAAACGCUGGGAUUGACAAUCCCAGCGUUUGCUUUACGAACCCGUGCAAACGAAGAAGCCAUGAACGACUCCACCAGUUCAGGGGCUCCAGAAGUCCCAGCAGACUUUAUGAUACCAUUGAUGGAAGAUUUCUUUUCGUCCAUCUCAAUGGAGCAGACCGUGGAUUUGGCCGUAGGAGAACCUGAUGAUGACACCUUAUCUAAGCUAAAGGAGCUGGUGUUGGAUGUUGCCAAUCUAUGUACCGGCUUCAUCUACAAAGCACGCUUCACAUCUGGGGAUGUGGAAACCGUUGUGGGCAAGUCAGUACUAAAAUCGUUUCUAGACUUCCUUAACAUGCGUCCAACGACUCAACCCAAGAGCUUUGACACCUUCAACAAGCAAUUAGUCAAACUUGUCAAAGAAAAAUUGAGCUAUGUCCUCGGCCCCAUGGAUGAUCAAUUAGCUUUUUAUGUCUCUGAGAUGGACAGACUGGAUAUAAUGCUUCCACAUGCAGAGAUACUAAUAGAGGAACUGUUAACUGAGAGGUGUAUACAACAUCAGCAGAGGAAGCAAAACGUUGCUGAAGACCAGCUAGAUGUCCUCAAUAGCCAGCAGACAGAAGAGCUUCAGCCCAUCGGUUCUGAUCGGGGUGAUUCCCAGACUGUGGAGGAAAAACCCACUCAGAGAUCUCGGGGGUCCCUUCGUAGGUACCACCAUUUGUGGUUUGAGAUGUUACCGGUGAUCCCAGAGGAACCAGAACUUGAGGAGGCAGAAGCAGAGAUCAACGAGGAGAGGGGUUUUAUUCCUGAGGACCAGGAAUCAGAUCUGAAGCUGGUGGACGAAUUCAUUUCUGAGGAGCUUUCAGCGAUGAACAAGGAAAAGGAGUUGGAGCUGAAGAUGGUGGACGAAUUCAUUUCUGAGGAGCUUUCAGCGAUGAACAAGGAAAAGGAGUUGGAGCUGAAGCUGGUGGAUGAAUUCAUUUCUGAGGAGCUUUCAGUGAUGAACAAGGUGAAUUAUUUUAUCUCUAAAAAGAAGGAAUCAGUUGAGCAAUAG